CCAAAAAUCGCAAAUCAUCACGAAGCAAAAGACUCGUCUGAACUUUAUUGUGUUGUUUUACCCUCAAAAAACCAAAUUUUCUCACAAAAAAGCGUCAAAUUCCGGUAAAAAUGGUGCUCGAGAGUACAAUGAUCUGCUUCGAUAACUCGGAUUAUCAGCGAAAUGGCGAUUAUUUCCCGUCUCGCAUCCACGCACAAAAAGACGGAAUUAACUUGGUCUGCCACACAAAGCUCCGUUCGAAUCCCGAGAACAAUGUGGGACUUUUGACGCUCGCAAAUACCGUCGAAGUACUUGCAACUCUCACAUCUGACGUCGGAAGGAUUUUGUCGAAAAUGCAUCUUGUCCAGCCAACGGGAAACAUAAAUUUGGUCACGGGCGUUCGUAUCGCGCAUUUGGUGUUGAAGCAUCGCCAGGGCAAGAACCACAAGAUGCGAAUUGUGGUUUUCGUGGGAUCGCCAAUCAAAGCCGAGGAAUCAGACCUCACGAAGCUGGCGAAACGCUUGAAGAAGGAAAAAGUCAAUGUGGACAUUGUCAACUUUGGCGAUCACGAAGGCAACAACGAAUUGCUGACGGGCUUCAUUAACGUCUUAAAUGGCAAGGACGGCACUGGAUCGCAUUUAAUUACCGUGCCACGUGGUUCUGCCUUGUCCGAGGCACUGAUUUCAUCGCCCAUCAUCCAAGGCGAAGACGGUUUGGGCGCCGCAGGAAUUGGCGGAGCUGGUUUCGAAUUUGGCGUGGAUCCGAAUGAAGAUCCCGAAUUGGCGCUCGCUUUGCGUGUUUCGAUGGAGGAACAACGUCAACGUCAAGAAGAGGAACAAAGACGUGCUCAAGCAGCCUCCGGAGAGGGCGGCGAAUCGUCAAGUGCAGCUGCUGGGGCUUCCGCUUCCGUCGCCGAGCCACAUUCGGAAGAAGCAUUGUUGGAACGGGCACUUGCGAUGUCGACGGAACAACCAGCUGCCUCGUCAGCAGGCGCUUCGAGUGCCGCAAGUGCGAUUCCCGACUUUUCAAACAUGUCGGAAGAGGAACAAAUCGCUUUCGCGAUGCAAAUGUCGAUGCAAGAGGCACAGGAACCGGCAAUUACACAAGCAGCGAAGAAGGCACGUAAGGAGGAAACCCCCAUGGAUGUCGACGAAGACUACAACGAGGUCAUCACAGACCCGGAAUUCUUGCAAAGCGUCUUGGAAAACUUGCCGGGCGUCGAUCCGCAAUCAGAUGCCAUCCGCGACGUCGUCGGAUCCUUGAACAAAGACAAGAAGGGCGACAAGGAUAAGCAACAAAAGUAAUUUCUUCAAUAAUCUGCCGAUUUAACUUUUUUUCCCGUUUUUGGUAUCAAUAUAUUUAGCGGAAAUAAGAAAAUCUUUUAUUUUCGACUUUUUUGAGCAAAAAAAUUGCAAAUAUUUG